UUGUUUUCGAUAGAAAGUGGCCGAGGAGUUCCGAAUGCGACCACUAGUGUGCAUGCGUAAUGAAAAAAACCCAUGAAGUUUGUGUUAUGUUUAUAUGUUUGCAAUAUAGUUUUAUAGUUAAGAAUAACCUCAUCACAACACAGUACACAAUAAAAUUUAAAUAUUCAUAGCUCCGCCCAAGCUUCAUGUAUAUAUACUGGGCGAGGAAUGUUGGAUAGCCUCAAAGACUGUGAAGCGACUGUUUAUAUGGUACACAGACUAGCACCGACCUAAUAAAAUGUCGGUGAAAUUUUAUGUCAAGUCCGUAGUGUCAACACUCAUUGCAUUUUUCCUGGCAUGCUUGAUAAGCUUGGCAGUACUUGUGCAGUUUAUAAUAGGACCUAUUCAAUUUAUAAAACUGAAUGUGUUGAAGUUGAAAAAACGGAAUGUGAUGCCACCCUGCUUGAAUGAUCCAAGUCUUGGAAACCACGACUUUGUCCACCUGGAGGAUGUUCGGCUCCACUAUGUUGCUAGCGGCGAUGAGGGGAAGCCUUUGAUGUUGUUCCUGCAUGGUUUUCCCGAGUUUUGGUACUCGUGGAGGUUCCAGAUCAGAGAAUUCAGAAAGGAUUACAGAGUGGUAGCUGUGGAUAUGAGGGGAUAUGGAGAUUCGGACAAGCCAAAAGGGAAAGAAAAUUAUACAGUCCAGAAGCUUUGUGGAGAUAUAAAGCAGCUUAUUCCAGCAUUAGGAUACAAGAAGUGUUUUCUGGUGGGCCAUGACUGGGGCGGGACUGUGGCGUGGAAUUUCGCGUCAAACAACCCAGAGCUGGUGGAGAAACUGGUGGUUUGCAACUGUCCCCACCCAGCCACCUUUGCUAAGUACAUGGGAUCACACUUCUCACAGUUAAUGAAGUCAUGGUACAUGUUGUUUUUCCAAAUCCCGAUGUUACCCGAGUUUCUCAUUGGGAUGAAUGAUUGUGCGUCUUUUGAUGGACUAGGAGAGUGGGUGCCCAACAAUAAACCAACACCAGAUGAUAUUGAGGCUUAUAAGUACACAUUUUCCACAAGAGAGUCGAGAACUUGUCCGGUCAACUACUACCGUGCAGCGUUCAACAGUGAGAAUCGCUGCAAAAACAUCAUUGUACCAACGCUCAUUGUAUGGGGUGACCCUGAUAAGGCUUUCAAUACAGAGAUGGCAGAGUUGUGCAGGGAAAACGUUGAAGAUCUGAAGGUCAAGGUCAUAGCAAACAGCAGCCAUUAUGUAAUUUCAGAUAGGCCUAUAGAGACUAACGCAGCUAUAAGACAAUUCAUUGAGAACUAAAAUUUGAUUGUUUGUUUUGGCAGAAUAUGUAUUGGUCCCGUAUUCACUAGCGUCCUGAGUCUGAAUUUAAUACUUAGACCCACAAAACCUAAAAUUUAAUUGUGUUGUAUAAACUCUAUUUAGCAAAGAUGAUAGAAAAUGAUGUUCAUUUUUGUGAAAAUAUGAAGUGCUAUUGUUAUGAAAGGGACUCAUUCGCGUUUUAUAAGGUCGGGCGUGUAAAAAAAAUCCGUGUUUCCAUGAUAAAACAUCAUCAAGCGUUCACAUCGGAACUCUUAACUCAUAAUAAUUUCUUUAAAAUGUGACAGAAGUAUCUGCCAAAAAGCGUCUGUAAUACUAUUGAAAAUGUAAUCAUUUCAUGCCUGGAUUUACAAUAUUUUAUUAAGAAUCUGCCUGUAACUGUUUGUUUAUUGUUCAUAUUAAAAUACAAAAACAUAAUUCAGUUUUAACAAGUCUUUUCACUAAUGUUUAAGAAAAGUAUUGCCAUUUUAAAAUAUGUGAGUGAGUCCCUUGAUAAAGGUUGCGUGUCAAGAUUAGCCCUUGUCCGUUGUUCCUUUCAUAAAUGCUAUUGCACGCUGCUUCCCUACACUCAUGAAACUUAAUAGAAUGUGUAAAGGUUCAGUAUAGGAAGGUAGGCGACCUGUGGUUUGCUUGAUAUAUGUUGAAGUUUGACAAAAAUGAUGACCCUGGAGUUUUUUAAAAUUAGGCAGGUGUAACAUAAAAUAAUUUGACCUAAGCUAAUAAAAUGUUGAAGCGUAUUGUACAGCAUUAGAAAAUCUUCACUUUGGCAUUAACAUUUAACAUGAAUUUUAUCUUAAGUGUACUUUUGGCAAAAAUGUCAAAUUGGUAACAUCCCAAUACUAUACUAUUGGCACAUUUCUUUGCACUAUGCUGUUUGUGGAGUUUUGUUCUGUUCUUCCAUGUUUCUUGUUUGUGAUUUUUUUUGUUUUUAUGUUCUAUGUCUUUUGCGUUUACCCAGUGCAAUUAAACCGGGUUUAUGUUUUAAACUUUUUGUUACUGAGCUUGUUUCUGUAAGUGUUCGCAAAGAGUUUGCAGUGCUUUAUUUUAUUUCCUAUUUUUUUCACUAACACUUAGUGAUGUGAUUUGUUACACAAAUUGAAGACAAAAUAAAACUACAUAUAUGUGCUAUAAUUGUCUGUAACAAUAUUGUCUUUGUUAUUUGAAUACAUGUAGAUAAAUGAACACCUAUUGUGCUUAAGUGUUAUUUAGAUUUUUUAUGGUUUUGAAGAUGCUUAGAUUUUAUUUGACUUGAAUCUCCACUUUAUUUAGAUGAUGUAACCAUAUUUACAACUUAUUGUUAUGAUUUCAGUGUUUACAUGCUAGAGAUAGUUUAGUUUGAUUUUUUUAUUUCAUAACCAUUUUGAAAUUCCAUGACCAUUUUGUAACAAGUUAUUACUAUAUUUUAUCAAUAACUUGUGUUGGCACGUCGUUAUACGAUAGUGUGUUGUGGGGGAAUCGGGAGUAAUCUGAAGAAACCAACUUGUCGGGCUAUAAAUCAAACUCACAUUCGCCUAGGUUGGGAAAUUAACCUGGAUCGCCUAGAUUAGAAGUGAGUGCUAACCGGACAACCAACAUGGUAGUGUUAACUACAGCAAAAAAGAUAAUGUUUGACCUUGUUAUGUAGACAAUUAUUACAGUUUCAGGCAAUCUGUGCAUGUUUUAUCAAUGGUAUUGCAUUUCUAGUUCUGAUUUAGUGUAAGGGUAUAUCAAAUCUGAAUUAAGAUUUUACCAAGAGUACCAUUAAGGCCGAAAUCUCUCAUCUAUCCUCAAACCACUGUGUUUGAUAGUGUAAGACUUUUAAUGGCAAUACCAUGACAUUUAUUUAUGAAGUGCCUCAAACCUUAGAUGCUGACCAUCAUAUUUUUUUAAUGAUGUUUGGAAAAUUAGAUCAUCAUUUAUUUAAUUGCAUUAUAUAACGUUGUGUGUUGUCAGUAUUUUGAAUAUGGCUUGGAAUGGCUCUUCCAUUGGCUUGUUUCACAAGUGAGCGAUACAGUGCUGCCUGGACCUUCUUAUUCAUAUAAAAAAAACUUUAAAUAUUCGUAUAACCAUACAUACCAUUAAUAUUGGCUUUGUUAUUCACGCAUUUUGUGCACAAUAAUGGACCAAUACAUCACAACAAAAGCAUUUGUUGGUAAAAAAAUAUGUUUCCUUUUCAGGUUAAUACUUUGAAUUUGUGAGUUGGAAUUCAUGUUUAUAUAGUCGUCAGACUACAUGGUUACGAUAUUUUUGCUUAGCUUUUUAGAAUAAGGAUUUUUAUAAAUUUAAUAUCAUUCCGGUCAUUUUAAGCUAACCUAACCAUCAUUAAUACAAUAAAAAUGCAACGGGUCAAGUUUUAUUUUAAAGUCACAAACAGUCAAGUUUGAAUAUUUUCAAAGUUUUCAUAGCUAUUUUGAAUUAUGGGGUUAUAUUUUUUUAUAGAAUGGCUUUAUAAUCAUAGUAUGUUUUUGUUUUAUUACCUCCCUAUAAUAUAUCAUAUCAUAACAGUAGUGUCAUAAUACUAUUAUUCAAAAAUGUAAUCCAUGCAAAAUUAAUAUAAUGGUUAAUCAAGAUAAAUUUAACUUAGAACAAUUCUAUGCAUCCUAAUGGUGGAUGGCUUACCUUAAACCCACACUGUAAAACAAAAUGAACCUUCCCAUUGGUUAGUUAGUUUAUUUUACAUUUUAAUACAAAGGUUUAAUGCUAAUGAAAAACCGUUAGUGCAUAAUAAAUCUGUUCAAUUUAUGUAUAUAUUGUAAUAAAACACUUUACAUUUUCGGAAAUAAAGUUACCCAACAGUG